AUGGCCUCUAUGGCCUCCAUGGCCGUGUCGCUAGUCACGCGUGGCAUUUAUCACGAGACUCCGCCAGCCUUCCAGACUAGAAACGACAUCAAUCCGACGCUUAUGAUGAGCUGGUGGGCUACUAUAUUCUCCUUGGUCAUCAUUAUUGUGCGCCUAUGUGGUCGUUAUAUUCGCGUUGAGCGCCUUUUCGCCGAGGAUAAGGUCAUGAUGAUCGCCGUCAUUCCCCUGAUAAUUCGCAUGGUCCUCGUGCAUUUCGUUCUCGUCUUGGGAACCAACAAUACCACCACCACAGGCUUUUCAGAGAAGGAGAUAGCGAACAGAGAGCUAGGCAGCAAGCUGGUUCUUGCUGCGCGUAUCUUCUAUGCCAUCUUCAUCUGGACCGCCAAAGUGACUGUGUGCGAAUUCCUAAAGCGAGUCACAGGGGUUACCUGGCGCCGGUCAACAAGCUUCUUCCUCCGCUUCAUCUCCUUUUUCCUCUUAUCAACCCUAGUAGCCGUGGUCAUCGCAACCCUGGCUGAAUGCCAACCAUUUGUCCACUACUGGCAGGUCACCCCAGACCCAGGCCCAACCUGCCGCACCGGCUACGUCAACCUAAUCACAAUGGGCACCUGCGACGUGAUAACCGACCUCCUCCUCGUGGCCAUCCCAGUCCCCAUAAUCCUCAUGGUGCAAAUGCCUCUCAAGCGCCGCCUGGCCCUCGCAUCCCUCUUCUGUCUAUCUUUGAUAUUGGUGGCCAUAACAUGCUACCGUGUGCCCUCCGUAAUCGAACAUCGAGGCUCCCAACCAUACCGCUCCCUCCUUGCCUCAUUCGAAAUCCUCGCCGCAACAGCAGUCUCAAACGUCCUAGUAAUAGGCUCCUUCGUCCGAGACCGCGGCGUCAAGAAACUGAAAUACAAACGGGCUCAAGGCUCAGCCUCCGUCUCCGAAAGCAUGGACAAAUCCUUCCUCCGCAGAAAUACAGUCAUGCAAAACCAAUGGGGCUCGGACUCGGAACUAGCAACCGGUCUAUGUAUUCGUCUAGAUCCAGAUAUCUACACAGCCCCCAGUACUUCGGACGGAACUCGUGUACCGAAACUACCACGAUCUCAAAUCCCACUAGCAGUCGCUCGCACGGGAACCCUCGAUCCAACAUGGUCAUUCUCCACAACCCGUCGCUCAGACGAUGACCGCGCCUCCACGACAGACAGUCUCGGGCCAAAAGUCACGCCGCUCGAGUACCUCCGCACAAACGAGUCCCCGCGCGAGAUCUCGCCUUUAUCAGAGACGUCGCGCCGCGUGUCAUUCUCUGAUGUCGGCGGUUUGCUGACAAGAGCACUCCCUGAAUCCGGGGCUGAUCAUGUGCGUGCCCAGACUACGUUGUCCACGCCUUCAGAGCCUGCGCAACGUCGCAGAGGCGGCGGGAGUAGGGCCUUUUUAGAGGAUUUGGGGAUUUUUGGACCGAGAGUUACGCAUGGCCUUCGGCCGACACUUCCUGGUCCUGCAGAUCUGCCGUUUCCGGCUUCGGCGUUUGGGAAUUCUCGUUUUCUAUCGCUGUCCGCGUCUUCGGAUAUGACGGUCGAUGCUGAUGUCGAGCUUCAUGAUGUUGGCGGGUUGUUAUCACGACAUGAUCAUUGA